AUGGUUCGCUUCAAGCAGGUGGGCAAGAAGCGGAAGGAGGCAGCCACCAGCUCCCCACCAUCGAAGCCAUCCUUGCUGCUGCGGCGGGGCGGGCAGGCGGCCGAGAACGGCGAAUCCCUCUUCCGCCGGCGCCCGGAGAGGAAAUUCAAGCCACGGGCACAGGUGCUGAGCAAGGCGGCUGCCGCCACAGGCUGGCUGGCCAGGAAGGUGCUCUCCCGGCGUGGGCGGCUGACCGGAGGAGGCCGGGCGACUGACGCGGCCUGGCUCUCCCGUAUUGGUGCCAGGAAGCUGCCAUUCCCUGCGGAAGACGAGAUCCUCAGGCACCGGGCCAACAUGAAGCAUAUCCCUGUCAGCAGCAGGCUCUCGGCCCCCAGCACCGUGCGGCAGAGCCAGAAGAGGCAGGGCAGCAUGGCGCGGCGUCCGUCCCACCACAGCUCCCAGCGAGCCCCAGCGGAGCUGCCGGCGCCACGCUACGGCUGGGCCGAGCAGGAUGGAGCUUACAGCCGCCGGGAUGGAGCCUAUGGCUCCCGCCGUGGGUACACCAAGAAGGAAGAUGGAGCCUACAGCCCCCGACAUGGCUAUGCUGAAGAAGACGGAUCCUACGGCCCAUGGCAUGGCUAUGCCGAGGAGGAGGAUGGAGACUAUGGCCCUCAAAAUGGCUACUCUGAGGAGGAGGAAGGCUACAUCCAAACUCCAGCCUACUCAGCAGGGUAUGGCUUCGAGGACACUGGGCUGACCCCCUACACUGACUACCCCGGCUAUGAAACAGAGGAGGAUUAUGGCUUCUAUGGGGGAGGCUGGGAGGAAGAUGACUCCCCAGAGCACCCCUAUGGCUACAUGGACCAAGAAGACGAGGGACCGCUUGGCAACAGGUCCUCCCUUGCCCUCUACGACCCUUAUAGCAGUGACCCGGAGUACACUGAGGAGGCAGCGAGGCCCUUUGGCUAUGGGGGGGACCCCUAUGAGGACUUUGAGGAACCCCUUGCUGGGGAGUACCUGGGGGACGAGUACCCUGAGCAUCGCAUCCAGUACAGCGAGGGGGGGUGGGCACCACACGCCCAGUCCUCCUGCAACCCCUAUGCCCUGGGCCUGGAGGAGAUCACUGAGGCUGAGGAGCCUGAGGAGUGGGAGGAAGAGGUGGAGGAGGAGCGAGAGUAUCCUUUUUCCAUCCUCAAUACCUCCUCACUCCGGGGCAUGCAGGAGACGCUUUCCUCCAAGCUCUCCCUCAACAGGAAAUUCAGGCUCUUCCCCCGACCCCAGGUUAAGCUUUUUGGCAGAGACCGCCUGGAUGUCCCCCUCCUGCCGUCUCCCCACCUGCCCGCUGCUCAUGACGAGGAUGAUUACGAUGAGUAUGAGCCACCACCGGCGGCAGCAGCCCCCAGCCCCACAGCAUCCCCAGGACGCCGGGUUGCGGCAGCGCGGGCGUUUGGGAGCCCUUUGGGGCAAUUCCUUCAGCGGUCCCUCUCGCAGCCCCCCAGCCGCUCCCUACGCACCCCCCAGCCCUCUUACAGACGCUCUGGCCGCGACCCCCAGCCAAGAGCAUCUCCAGCCAAGGACCCCUCUCCACCUCCCCGGCAACCAUCGCUUCGUAAUCCCUUCGCCAACCCUGGCCACUCCCCGUCACCGCAGCCAGCCCGGCAGCGCCCCGGCAGCAUGCGGGGCGAGGGGCUGCAGCGAUCUCCCUCCCUCGGGGCCAGCUUCCAGCGGUUUACCCCCGCGCCCCCCAACCCUGCACCGGCUGCCCCCCGCUCGGGGGGGCCGGCGGGGAGGCGUUUAGGGGUGCUCACAUCAGGGUCAGGGAGACCUUUUUCUCCUCGGCCAUCACGGCGGAGCAGCCCCCCCGGGCUGCCACUCCCCCAGGCCUGGCCCCGGCUUCCCGAGCCCCCCACCAAGGCAGUGAAGCCGUUACAGAGGAACCCCUUCCUGACACCGACGUCGCGCCCUGGCAGCCGUCGCUUUGGCCGCGCUGGCCCUUCGUGGGAUGAGGAGCUGCCCCCCUGGCAGGGUUCCUCGCGGGGUCCCACUGGAGUGCCCCCUCCACCCAGCUCCGCUCCUGGCACGCCCAAAACCUUCAUCCAGCGCAUCGGGAAGCCCCUUGCUGGGAUGAUCCCGCACUCUCCCGCGGCGAGGCCAUCUCCAGCCGAAACAGGGGGUCGUAGCCCUUCCCUGAGGCGUUCCGUGGGGAAAUCCUUGGCUUCGCUGAUUGUGGGGAGCAUGGCCUCUGCCAAAGCCCCCCCAUCCUCACCACCCACCCGCCACCCCUCUACCCGCUCGCCCUCCUCCCCCACACGCCCAUCCCUACGGGACGGGAGCACCCGCAGACCGUCGAGCCCACCGGCGGGGCGCCGGGGCUGGGCUGACCCCGGGCGCCCCAUCCUCUCCUCAAUCCAACGCGGCAACCGGAGCCCUUCAGCGCAGCGCCGUGCCGCUUUCCCAGCACCCCACAGCCGAGCCCCCGGGUCUCCAGCUGCCCCCCGCCCCAGCAUUCGUGCCUUGGGUCCUUUGGAGGCCAUGGAGGGUGAUGGGGUGGCCGGGGAGGAGGGCGCGGGACGCUACGCGGUGGUGACGCCGCAGGUGCAGAGGUUGGGCUCCUUCCGGAGGGCGUCCCGCAUGUACAAGCAGCACUGGUCCAAGCAGCACGUCGUGCGGGUGCGGGAGAUGCCCGACACCUGGACGACCGAGCAGGGUCUUCUCCGGCAGCCCACCCAGCGUGGCAGCCGGCGGUGGGCGAGCCAGAGAGGAGUCGACAUCAGCCGAUACUUGUGCCAGCGCUCGCCGGCGGGCAGUGGCUGGCGGGACAGGCACCCCUGGGCGGACAGGUACCUGGGCACCAAAGAGCCCUGGCGCAGCAAGAUGCAGUCAUUGUGCAGCCUGCCCAUCAUGCGGUACCACGAACCAAAAGAAGAGGAUGGGCUGGAGGACAUGACCCAGCUGGAGGACCUCCAGGAGGCUGCGGUGCUGAGCAACAUCCGGAUGCGAUUCGAGCGGCAGCUCAUCUAUACCUACAUCGGCAGCAUCCUGGUGUCAGUGAACCCCUACCGGCUCUACAACAUCUACGGCACCGAGCAGGUGCUGCAGUACGAAAGCAGAGCCCUGGGCGAGAACCCCCCGCACCUCUUUGCCAUCGCCAGCGUCGCCUACUCCAAGGUGCUGGAUGCCAAACACAACCAGUGCAUUGUCAUCAGUGGGGAGAGUGGCUCAGGGAAGACUGAAGCCACCAAGUUGAUCCUGCGCUUCCUAGCAGCAGUCAGCCAGAAACGCAGCAGUGCCCCGCAGAUAGAGAUUCUGGAGGCGACCCCAUUGCUGGAAUCCUUUGGCAACGCCAAAACCGUGAGGAAUGACAAUUCCAGCAGAUUUGGGAAAUUCGUGGAAAUCUUUCUGGACGAUGGACUGAUCUGCGGCGCCAUAACCUCGCAGUACCUGCUGGAGAAGUCCCGUGUGGUCUUCCAGGCUAAGACUGAGCGCAACUACCACAUCUUCUACGAGAUGCUGGCAGGGCUGCCUGCCCAGCAGCGCCAGCGAUACUGCCUGCAGGGCGCCGAGACCUACUACUACCUGAACCAGGGUGGGAACUGCGAGAUUCCCGGCAAGGACGAUGCGGAGGAUUUCCAUCGGCUGCUCAACACCAUGGAGGUGCUGAGCUUCAGCGUGGAGGAGCAGAACAGCAUCUUCCGGAUCCUCUCCUCUGUUCUCCACUUGGGCAACGUCUACUUUGAAAAAUAUGAGACCGACUGCCAGGAAAUUGCAACCGUGGUGAGCGCCUCUGAGAUCCUGACUGUGGCUGAGCUGCUGCAAGUGUCCCCUGAAGGUCUCCAGAAAGCCAUCACCUUCAAGGUGACGGAAACGCAACGGGAGAAGAUUUUUACCCCCCUGACUGUUGAAAGUGCUGUGGAUGCCAGGGAUGCUAUUGCCAAGACCCUCUACUCCCUGCUCUUUGGCUGGCUCACAGACCGCGUCAACAAGCUGGUGUACCCACGGCAGGAGGCCCUCUCCAUCGCUAUCCUGGACAUCUAUGGCUUCGAGGACCUCAGCUUCAAUAGCUUUGAGCAACUAUGCAUCAACUAUGCCAACGAGUACCUGCAGUUCUUCUUCAACAAGAUCGUUUUCCAGGAGGAGCAGGAGGAGUACAUCCGGGAGCAGAUUGAGUGGAAGGAGAUCCCCUUCAGUGACAACCAGCCCUGCAUCGACCUCAUCUCCCAGAAGCCUUAUGGCAUCCUCAGGAUCCUCGAUGACCAGAGCUGCUUCCCCCAGGCCACUGACCACACGUUCCUCCAGAAGUGUCAUUACCACCAUGGGACAAACCCACUGUACACCAAGCCAAAGAUGCCCCUCCCUGAGUUCACCAUCAAGCACUAUGCAGGGAAGGUGACCUACCAGGUUCACAAGUUUUUGGAUAAAAACUAUGACCAGGUCCGUCAGGAUGUGCUGGACCUGUUCCUCAGCAGCAGGACCAAGGUGGUGGCCAACCUCUUCUUCGGCCAUGCCCAGGUCUUGGCCCGGCAAAGGAGCCUGGUCAGGAGGAGCAGCACCAGGACACGGCGGUACAAGGCCCCCACCGUGGCAGCCAGGUUCCAGCAGUCACUCCUGGAGCUGGUGGAAAAGAUGGAGAGGUGCAACCCUUUCUUCGUGCGCUGUAUCAAACCCAACAACAAGAAGGAGCCAGGGCUCUUUGAGGCUGACCUGGUCAGCAGCCAGCUGCGGUACUCAGGGAUCCUGGAGACCAUCCGCAUCCGCAAGGAAGGCUUCCCCAUCCGUAUCCCUUUCCUCGUCUUCAUAGACAGGUACCGCUGCCUUGUUGACAUGUGGUCUAGCAUCAUUCCCAACGGAGCCAACUGCGUGGAGAUGCUGAGGAAUCUCUGCGCCGUCGACCCCAGCAUGUACUACGUCGGCGUCACCAAGCUCUUCCUGAAGGAGCAGCUGUACCAGGCACUGGAGGGCAAGCGGUCCCGUGCCCACCACCUGGCUGCGCUCACGCUCCAGCGCUACGCUCGCACCUUCUUCAUCAAGCGCCGCUUCCGCUCCCUCCGCCGAAAGAUUGUCCUCCUGCAGACCCGGGCGCGGGGCUACCUAGCCAGGCAGCGGUACCGGCGCAUGCGGCGCACACUCAUCAAGUUCAGGUCGCUGGUGCACAUCUACGUGAACCGUCGGCGGUACCUCAAGAGGAAGGAGGAUGCCCGCCGGCAGGCAGAGGAGGAGAAGGAGAGGGUGAAGCAGGAGCUGACAAGGAGGGAGGUGGUGGACGUCACCCACCUGGAGAUCCCGGCCGAGCUCAUGGGGCUGCUGGAGGCUGCCGUAGCCUCCCGGGGGGUGAACGACGGCUGCGUGGUCCUUGUUCCGCCGCCGGCGCUGAUACCCGACUCGCAGCUCACCCUCCCGCUCGACAUCAACGACUACUCCAUGGCCAAGUACGUGCGGGUCCACUUCCAGGAACCAGCAUUCGGGAUGCUGACAGCCCCGCUGACGGCCCCACUCACCCGGCUGGAUGAGGAUCUGUGCCACGAGGCACUCAGCGUCUUCCAGCUGAUCCUGCGGUUCAUGGGGGACCCAGGGCUGGGCGGUGCACAGGAGACCCUCUUUGGCAACUACAUCGUGCAGAAGGGGUUGUCAGUGCCAGGGCUGCGGGACGAGCUCCUGGCACAAGCUGCCAACCAGGUCUGGCGUAACACCAACGUCAACAACGAGGAGCGGGGCUGGCUGCUGCUGGCUGCCUGCCUCAGUGCCUUUUCCCCUUCUGCUGCCUUCGACAAGUACCUGCUCAAGUUUGUGUCCGACUACGCCUUUGCUGGCUACAAGCCGGUGUGCCAGCGCAAGCUGAUGCAGGCCAUGGCACGCUCCCAGCUGGGCACCGCCGCUGCCCGCACCUUCCCGCCCUCACUGCUGGAGUGGACAGCGAACCGUCGGCAAGCCAGCAUGGCACUGGACCUCCACUGCUUCAACGGUGACCAGUUCUCCUGCCCUGUCCACUCCUGGAGCACUGGCGAGGACCUGGCAGGGGAUGUCCUGAAGCACAGGGGGCUGGUGGAGGGCUGGCGUGGCUGGUCUGUGGCCAUGAAGGCAGGUGCCCAGUGGGCUGAGCUGGCUGGCCACGACUAUGUCCUGGACCUCAUCUCCGACCUCGAGCUGCUGCGAGGCUUCCCCAAACAGAAGUCCUGCUUCCUCGUCGCAUGGGAGGGGGCUGGGAGACACAGCAGGGACAGCCGGGCGAUGCUGGGACAUGGCUUCGAUUUGGAUGAAGUGCCUCCUCCCCCAGCUGUGAAAGCCCCCACGCUGCCAUCCACCGAGCCCUAUCACCCCCACGAAGGGGAAUUUGGAGAGCCACGCAGCCAGAAGGGUCUGGACCGAUACCUGGACAGCCUCUUUGACCCUGUGCUCUCCUAUGGCAAUGGGGAGCUGGAGAAGCCAGCUGCCAUCUCACAGAGGAUGAAAGGAGGAGGUGGCGUGGGAGGUGGGGACAGUGGUGGUGACACCCAGCAGAGUGGACCCCCAGUCCCUGCGAACACACGUCAGCCAAGAGGUGCAGAUCCAGCCACGUCCCUGCAGCCACCUCAGUCCUUGGGCAGAGCAGCAGAAGGGGCACCAGCACGUCCUGCCCAGCCCCGGCCCUACUCGCGGAAAGCUGCACCCAUGGGCCGGCGGUGGCCGGGCGAGCCAGUGCGGAAUUCCCGGCUCAACUCGGAGCACUUCCCACGGCCCACACACGACAUCCGCAACAUCAUCCGGCAGUGCCAGCCUGCCCCACGCGGCUCCCAGCCCCCCAGCAAGCUCUUUGGGAAGAAGCUGGACCCCCAUGAGGAAGCCAUGCAGAUACUGAAGGAGCAGCUCUCAGCAGCUCAGGUGCCUGCAGCUGGGGGGCCCAGGGAGCUGGUGGCCACAGUGAAGCCGGUCACCAGCAGCAGAUACCAGCUGCGAGCACCACCAGGGCGUCUGGCAGCCAUGAGGCCCCCAGUCUCUGUCUCACGGGAACUGCCAUCUGAGGGGCAGCAGGUCCAGACCCAGCUGCACCGGAGCUGCAGUGAGGACUUCUACAGCUACCACAACGUGCCCUGGAGAAUCUACAUCCGCAAAGAGGUUUUCUACCCCAAGGACAGCAUCAACAACCCACUGCUGCUUGACCUCAUCUUCCGGCAGAUCUUCAGUGACACCCUCUCUGACACCUGCAUCCGGAUCAGCCAGGAGGAGAGGCUCCGCCUGAAAUCCCUCUUUGCUGAAAACAAACUGGACUCCUUCAGCCCCGUGGCCACUGAGAGCGUCAAGAGGGAGAUCAUCACCGCGGCCAGGGACGGCUGCGAGGUUUAUUUCUCUCGCCUCUUCCCCGCCACGGGCAGCGUGGGUACAGGUGUGCAGAUUCUGGCUGUGUCCCACACUGGUGUCAAGCUGCUGCGGCUGGUGAAAGGCACCAAUGUCCCCGGGGAGCAGCUGCGGGUGCUGCGGGCAUACAGCUACGCCGAGGUGCUCUUUGUGACCACCCCGUCCAGGAACAUGCUGGAGUUCAACCUAUGCAGCGAGAAGCUCAUCCUCUUCUCCCCCAAAGCCCCCCAGGUCAAGGCCAUGGUCGACCACUUCAUCACAGAGCUCAGGAAGGACUCCCAGUACGUGGUGGCUGUGAGGAACUACAGCCCAGAGGACAGGAGGCAGCUCAGCUUCCACAAAGGGGACAUCAUUCACCUGCAGCCACUGAAGAAUCCUGAGAGAGACCACUAUUAUGGCUGCGUGGUCCGCAAGAAGGUGAUGUACCUGGAGGAGCUGAAGUCAGGCACCCAGGAUUUUGGGUGGAAGUUCGGGGCCAUCCACGGCAGGUCAGGGCUCUUCCCCACUGAGUUUGUCCAGCCCGUGGCAGCUCCUGACUUCGUCCAUUUGCCUGCGGAGAAGAAGGAGGAACCCAGAGACAAGCAGGGCAAGGUGGCAGCUUCGGCAGCCGUGGCUGUGGCCGUGGCCUCCACAGCCGUGGCCCAGGAGCUGGACCGGAAAACUGAGGUGUCCCCUUCCAGCACCACCUUCACGGAGGCUCCAGAGGGAGAGCAGCUGGCAGCUGGAGCAGGGACCUGCCCCAUGCUGGCCUUUGCCCAGCAGUAUUUCCGUGUGGCACAGCAUGGGACCAUGGACUCCUGUGGGACCAAGGACAAUGUGCUGGAGAUGUUGACAUUCACCAAGAUCCCUAUCCAGGAGUCACUCAUUGAAUUCAUGGAUGGUGGCAUCAGCAAGCUGGCCACUGAGGCAUUCCAAGCUGUGAUGAAGUUCAUGGGUGACUACCCUCCACGGGGGCACACGGAUCUGGACACCAUCUGCACCAUCCUCAAGCUGUGUGCAGAGCAUGAGGUGCUGCGGGACGAGCUGUACUGCCAGGUCAUCAAGCAGAUCACCAACAACACCAGCUCCAAGCCGGACAGCUGCCAGAAGGGCUGGAGGCUCCUCUACAUUCUUGCUGCCUACUACAAGUGCUCCGAGGUGCUCCGGCCCUUCCUCCUCACCUUCUUGCAGAACGCCAGCAGCCACCCUGAGCUGCCUUUCCAGGGCAUCGCCAAAGCCUGUGAGCAAAACCUGCGGAAAACAUUCCAGUUUGGAGGCCGCAACCUUUUCCCCAGCAGCAUGGAGCUGAGGGCCAUGGUGGCUGGGCGCAGCGCCAAGCGCCAGCUCUUCCUCCUGCCUGGAGGCAUCGAGAGGCACCUCAAGAUCAAGACGUGCUCGGUGGCUCUGGACGUGAUCGAGGAGCUGUGCUGCGAGAUGGGGCUGCAGCAGCCCGAGGCUCUCGAUGAGUACAUCCUCUUCGUGGUGACAGAGAGAGGGCAGAGCGUGCGGCCGCUGACUCGCCGGGAAUACGUCCUGGACGUGGCCGCCGAGACGGAGCGCAGGGACAGCAACUACACCUUCUGGUGCCGCCGCGUGGUCUGGAGCCAGCCCCUCAAGUUUGACAAUGAGCUCUACGUCACUGUCCACUACAACCAGGUUCUCCCUGACUACCUCAAGGGGCUGUUCACUGUCCUGCCGCCGGCCAGGCCAGCGGAGCAGCACUUCCCACACGUGGCCAAGCUGGCUGCCCUCCAGCACCGAGCCAAGGACCACCACCACAUCCCCACCACGAGGGAGAUGCAGGACUACAUCCCCCCGCAGCUCUUCCGCCUGCUGAAGGCCCAGUCCUGGCUCCACAUGGUGACCCAGCACAUGCAGCAAACCCAGGCCCUCAGUGCCCACCAGGCCAGGGCACAGUUCCUGGGGCUGCUGAGUGCCUACCCCAUGUUUGGCUCAUCCUUCUUCUAUAUCCAGAGCUGCAGCAACAACGCCAUCGUCUCACCCUGCAUCCUGGCUGUCAACCAGAACGGCCUCAACUUCCUCAGCAAGGAGACUCAUGAGCCCAUAGCCAAGUUCUCACUGAAGGAGAUUCAGUCAACGCGGACACAGCGACCCACAGCCGGGUCCAGCUCCCCCUACGUGGAGAUUACGCUGGGUGACCUCCUGGCCCAGAGCAUCACCCAGCUCCAGCUGGAGCAGGGUCUGGAGCUGUGCCGUGUGGUGGCCGCGCACAUGGAGAUGCUGCUCGGCGCUCGGGAGAAGAGGCUUACACUGCCGCCCAGUGAGAUCACUCUGCUCUGA